GGAAGUGGCAGGAGCAGGACUGGACUUGGAGAUGUAGUUAGCUGUCGACACUGAUGCACCAGCAGCUGUCGGUAGAUUACUAGCUGGGCAGCUAGAUACUAUUACUAUUUUGACAAUGCGAUGGGUAACUGCUGGGCAUACUGUUUCGGGCUCUUCAGGAGAGAAACCAACAGAAUCCAGAGAGGAGGCGGGUCAAAGUACUUCCGAAGCAGCACCACAGGGGAACAUUAUACAAUAGAGUUUGAAAAUCUGGUAGAGAGUGAUGAGGCUGAGAGUCCGCCGCCCUGCCCGAGGCCCAUCAGUGAAGAUGAGAUCAAGCACCUCAAACAGCACCGCUACACCGCACUCACAGAUCAUCAGAUGCUGAUCGACCAGAAGCUCCAAGUGGAGUUAGAGGCACAAGAGGAGAAGUUGAGGCUAGAAGAGGAGGCUAGAAAUGCCGCCCAGCGCGAGGCCGCCAGGUUGGCGCGUGAACACAAAAUGAAGGAGGUGAGGCGGCGCAGAGCGCUCCCUUCCGUCACUUUUGACUUAUCGCUCGGCUAAAACAACUUCUCCUCUAACCCGCCGCUGGCCCUGUGCAGAGGCUUCCCAGCGUUUUCAACUCCUCGGCCUCCUGUGUCUUAAAGGGACACGGGGAUAUUUCCUCUGUUCUGUCUUCUUGUUGUCCUCAUUAACGAGUCCUUGCUAUUACAGCCUGCUAAACUGUUGUCUGUCUCAGCGCUUCAUUGUCCUGACAAACAUUCUUAAUCAUCUCGUUAGAUAGAGAUAUCAACAGUUACAUCACAGCUGCAGUGAAACAAUGCCAUUUUAUAGCAGAGAGGGAAAAAAUACAUUGCAUUUAUUGAAGUCGGGCACUUCAGAAGAUGAUGUAUAGUAUACAGCGUGCACUAAAGUGUUAACAGACGUUAAAGUUGCCAUGACCCUUAUUCAUAAGAACAAGCAGUGAAAUGAGGAAAAAGACGAGGCCCACGCUGCAAAUAGUACCAUUACUGUCUCCUCAUCAUGAAUGUGGACUAUUGGAAU